AUGGGAAAAGCCGCGCGACGGUCAGUUGCGUCAGAUCCGUCGUCGCCGACCUUAUCCUACCACUACCAGCAACAGCAGCAGCAGCAGCAACACCACCAGCAACGGCAAGUGCAUCAGCCGGAGCACUUGUACUACUCCUCGUCCUUGUCCUACUCCCCCUACAACCCUUCGUCGCCUUCGUCGCUUGCUUCGUCCUUCGCCGCCAGCUCCACCGACUCGGACUCGUUCGGCUCGACCGGGGCGUCGGUGUUCGCGUCGACUUCCGCCGGCCCGCAGCUGCAGGCUCCCCGGACCGCAACACUUCAAUCCGCCCCACCCGCCUUCAUCUCGUCACUUGCUCCUGGUGGUGUUGGUGGUGCGGGCCAAGAAUCACCCGAACCGGGCCCUGGUGCCAGCGAUCUCUUCAUCCAUUCGUCAACCGCGGCCACACCCAGCCACAGCAACAUCACACCGGAGUUCAGGUAACAAGCAACCUCCCGGACAAACAGCACCGUUACGGUGCACACGCACACUGGCGACCCGAGCAAGACCGGGCCGCAGCCAACCGAGCCCCCCACUCCCACCCCUACCGUCUCCUCCGCCACCUCCACCACCCACCAACCGGCCCAAACCACCCCCCUGUUACCGUCGUUUCGUCUCUCCAGCAACCGAACGCAGGUCGACCGGGAACGGGAGCGGCUCAGGAUGGAGUUCUACGCUACGUACGACGUGAUGACCGGCGUCCGGAUAGCGGCCACGCUCGGCGGUUUCUUCGGCCUAAUGGUGUUCCUGGUUAUCUACAAGAGCCGCACGCGGUCGACGGCCAAGGCACUCAAGGAUCCAACGAUAGCAGCCGUCGCAGCGGCCGUCAUCCAGGAGGAAGAAGAGCGCGAACUGCAGGAAGCGAUCGAGGCGACCGCGUUUUCCCUGCUGCAGGAAGAGCUGAACAUCAACUACCCGGGACUGCAGCGCGACCGAUUACUAUCGCUCGGGAACGUGAGCGCCCCGCCCAUGCUGAGCCGUGGCCGCCGGAUGUCGUCGAUCAGCGGCGGCUACAGCAGCCUGCUGAACCCGUCGAGGCGCUUCUCCUACAGUAGCACGCGGGGGCACCGGAACAGCGUGUCGGUGUCGUCGCGCGUACUUAGUGCCUACAACAUGGGCGGAAGCUUCGGGCAGGACGACUACGUGAUGGAGAGCGACGGCGAGGAGGCGGACGACGAGUUCGAUCAGUUUACGACGACGGCCGAAAUCGGAUAUCCAAGCAAUUACCUUUCGGUGCCGAACAAGUGCAACGAAUCUCGCCGCAGUAGCGCGAUGACGUGCUGCAGCACGGAGAGUUCCUUCCUCGAGCGGCGAUGCUCCGCCAUCACGCUUGGCCUUUCCUCCUUACCACCGAUAUCGCGGUCACCGUCGAGGCAGCAGAGCCGGGACGAUACCGCCGACUGGGAGCCGUUCUAUCCCGGCAUCAACAUCAUCGAAGCGACCCCGAAAUCGUCGCCCUGCCCGAGCGAGCGGGUGGCGCAUCGGAGCACCACCGGCGACUCGGAGCGCCCCUCAACCAGUCGCAGCCGGGGGGGUUCGGGUCUGCAGCCGACGCCUCAGCCGUCAACUUCGACCGGCGGACCGCGGCUCGUCACCUCCCUGUACGACGACAGUUCGAUCGACUGCAUCUCGGAGUACCCGGUCGGGAUCGGGUGCACCGUGGACGACGGCUUCGGGUACCGUCAACGGCAGCCAUCUUCGUCCGGUCGUGCUUACGGCAACGGGCAUCGCAUCGACGACGCCAGCAUAGCGAACGGGAGCUCGGCGCACCAGACGCAGCGGGCCAGCGUCGGUGGCCACCCCAGCAAUCAACGCAAUACCAGCAGCAAUAGUGCCAACGCUAACGCCAGCGGGAGUGGUGGCGCGGUCCGGCGGGCACCCCUAGCGUCGCUCAGUUCCUUCAAGAUGUCGUCGGCGGACUGCCAGGACACGGAGCCCAAGAGCUGCGGCUCGGACUCGGUGUUCGGCGACGACAGUGGGGCCGACACGGACGAGGAUCUGCAGCAGUUCAGCACCGAUAGCGACGAGCUGAGCUUAACGAUGCCGUACGAGGAGGACGAAGAGCAGCAGCCGGCAGCGGGGGCCCAGCGGUCAAACCGGGGCGCCCUCUACCGUCGCCAGUCAACGCUGGCCCAGUGCGACGACGAGGAGGCGGACGGUGGAAUUCUUCUGCCACGCGACGCACCGAGCGGGACACGGUUCGAGCUCGAGCACGAACUCGACAGCAGCCGGCAGCACCAGCACCAGCACCAGCACCACCAGCCAACAACUGACACUAGCUAUUUAAGUAGUCUUUCAAUUAGCCAUCGAUCCGGCGCGAAGGGAGCGAGCGAGAGCAGGGAGCGGCCGAGCGUGGGGAACCGCAUCGAGACCAGAGCAAUCAUCGAAAGACAGCAGCCAAAUGACAGCACCAACACCAGCAGCAGCGUCCACAGCCAGCUGCGUCAGUCGCCCCUCGGAGCCAUUCCCAAAGUGCCGCUAGCGGGCUGCGACCGGACGAGAGCACGGUCGGUGUCGGGUUUGCCGACCAUCACGGUGCGCGUGCCCGAUGGCGACGACGACAGCGACAUGGACGCGGGCAGUGCCAAACGAGCUCCAAACAAGACUAACACCAGGCGAAACGCGGGCAAUUCUAAAGAUGGCCACCGAGGGGCAUCUGCCGAGCCGAGCUCGACGAGGCAGCAGUGCGUCGAGGUGAACGUCAUCAUUAAGAACAGCGCUGGCACCAGCAACAAUAACAACAACAACGCCACUACCAACAUCAAAAGUCCCUCUGUGAUUCUCGAGCUGCCGAUCCUGGCGAUCGACGAUGACGACGACAAUGACCCGUCCUCGUCCGCGCCCGCCCUCUCCACCAACGACCCCUGCAUCCCGGGCCCGUCGCGCAAGUGGUCCAAGGAAACGCUCUUCUAG